CAGUGUACACUUUGGUUAUGGCCCAUAAUAAAAUUAUGAAGAAAUAACGAAAACCAAUAACAGGCCUAUCCUUCGCUCCCCCAUUACCCCAAAUGUCAAAUUCAAGAGUCCUCUCAAAAGAAGUCACUAACCCCCAAUCCCGAUGACAUCGGUGAACUCCAUCUUCGGAGGACGCUCCCCGCGUCCUCCGGACAUCAAGGAGCAAUACCUCUUCCUCCUGGAAUUUUUCGUGCACCAGAUAACCGGUGAAAGAUUGGCAAAGCUGAACCAGAUGUUCUUCGUGCCGACGAGCGUGUGCUUCAAGUUCCUGAGCUUCACCGAAGAGGACAUCGAAGUGACGCCGGUGGACCCGAUGUUCGAACCACAAGCCGGAAUAGCCGACGAGGUCGAGUACUUCUACUCAGGUCGAUCCGUCAUGUUCGCCGUGGACAGGACCACCCUGUUCAACGGUAUAAACGAGUUCAAAGUGGACAUCAAGGUGCAAAAGAAAAUGCCCGACGACAUCAGGCCAGACAUCCUGAUAGGAGAAGGCAGCUUCGACCUGGGCUUGCACUUCGCAGCUCUCAGGAAAGAGAUCCAGCAAUGUUGGCACACAAACGUGCCUCCCCCAAAAACCUUCGAAGGUGAAGUUCCCCUCAAGUACAACCAAGACCACAUCGGUGACGUCUGCCUCUUCGCCAGGAUGUCCGCAUUUGGACAGACCAUCGUCACGGAGUUUGAUGCCCCUAAAACGAAGGAGAAGACAUCAGCGUUUGUCUUCAAAGGUGAAGAGUCCUCGGAGAAGGGCCUGGUGUACAAAUGUAGGAGGAUCGAAUCCAGUGACGUGGAUGUCUGCAAGGAUUCCCAGGAAGAUGUGCAGGAGUCUGCGUGCCCCGUUUGUCUUCCCAAGAAGUUUCCCUGUUCCCCCUGUGGGGUCGCUCAGGGAGCUAUGGCUAGGCCUUCGUCACCUGCCGCUGCACCUGCAGGAUAUUCUGUGGUACCUGUUGGUCAGGUCGAACCUGCGGAGUGUGGGACUCAGCAGGGGAAACAGCCUGGACCUAUCCAAACCAGCAGGGGACCGGCUCAACUGUGUGGCAGAGCUGUGGUCUUGAAGGUGUCUGGUCUUCUAGAUGCUGAAGAAGAUACUCAGGGGAAUCUGAAACAGCCUACCGUUACAGUUGCACCUGAGUGUGACGCUAUUCCACCUGAUGCUGAUCCCGAUCCUGAUCACGAUGUGUUUAUUCUCAGGAUCGGGAAGAAAGGGUUGGUUGGUAUUGGGGAGAAAUCCGAUAUUCAGCUGGAGAUGAAGACGCCCAAAGGUCCUGAAAGAAGACCACCGAUUAGGUACGAGACCAGGGAAAUGCAGACCGAGGCUGCAGCAGAUGACAAAAAGGGGAAGAAAGGCGGAAAGAAGAAGAAGAAGUAAAAUUGAUGCGACUCCGAAACAUUUCGCGUGUCACU